AUGGAAGAAGCAAACCAAUCAGUGGUGUCUGAGUUUAUUUUUCAGGGACUUUGUGACUCACAGGAGCUCCAAGCAAUCCUCCUACUGCCAUUUUCUAUACUCUACCUAAUGACAGUUUUGGGCAACCUCUUUGUCGUGCUGUUAAUCAUCACUGACCACAAUCUCCAUUCCCCCAUGUACUUCCUCUUAGCUAAUCUCUCCUUUGUAGACUCAUGCCUUUCCUCAGUGACCACCCCUAAACUGAUCACAGACCUCCUGAAGGAUGAUAAGACCAUUUCCUUUGGGGGCUGCAUGGCCCAGAUUCUCUGUGUGCAUUUCUUUGGAGGGGGUGAGAUGGUUCUUCUGGUGACAAUGGCCUAUGACCGUUAUGUGGCCAUCUGCAAGCCACUCCAUUACUCCAGCAUCAUGGACAGACAGAAGUGCACCUGGCUGGUUUUGACAUCGUGGAUCAUUGGCUUUGUUCACGCUAUGAGCCAACUGGCUAUGAUCUUGGAGCUGCCUUUCUGUGGACCUACAGUAGUGGACAGCUUUUUUUGUGAUAUUCCUUUGGUGAUCAAACUAGCCUGUAUGGAUACCGAUACUUUAAGAAUAGUUAUAAACGCAGACAGUGGGCUUUUGGCAACAGCUUGCUUCAUUCUCGUGCUGAUCUCCUAUACUUAUAUCCUGUUUACCAUCCAUCUUAAUGCUAAAGAUGGUGCAUCGAAGGCCCUCUCUACCUGUACUUCUCACAUCACAGUGGUGGUGCUGUUCUUUGGACCCUGCAUCUUCAUCUACCUGUGGCCAGUAAGUAUCACCUGGGUGAACAAGUUUCUGGCUGUGUUUUAUACUGUAAUCACACCUUUCAUGAAUCCAGCCAUUUACACACUAAGAAAUAAAGAGAUUAAGAAUGCCAUAAAGAGGCUGACAAAUCAGCAUGUGAACUCAAGGGAUAAUUGUUAG